AUGUGGCAUGCCCAUGUCCAUGUGGUGUGCCUGGCGUGGUCCGAGGCCAUCAGCAUGAGCUGCCCUGGACAUGAGGAACACAGGGGCGGCGGCGCGGGGGCGCGGCGGGAGGCGCGGGGGCGGCCGCGCGGGAGGGACCGGCGCGCGCUGCGGAGGGAGAAGCGGCGCCUGCGGAAGGCGCGGCGGGCCGGGGGCGCGGGGGGCGGCGCGGGGACCCCCGGGGGCGCCGGGGGCACCGAGGGCGCCGGGAGCACGGGGACUCCCAAGAGCGGAAGGAGCGCCGGGAGCAUCGCGAGCACCGGGAGCACCGGCACCCCCGGGAGCACCAAGACCGCCCCCAGCGGCAGGACCCCCGGGAGCGCCGGGAGCAAGAAGACUCCCAGGAGCGGCGGCGCGACCCCCGCGACCCCCGCGACCCGCGCGACCCCCGCGACGGCCGCCGCCCGCAAGCGGGCCCUGCUGGCGGCCAACGCGGAGGAGGAGCGCGAGAUCCGCAGGCUGGAGCGCCGCCUCGGGCUGGCCAAGCGCCGCAGGAGGGACGCCCCCCAGGCGGUGCCCCCCGGCUUCGCCCGCGACGGGCUCGACUACGUCCUGGGGGUCCUGGGGCCCGGCCCGGGCUGCGGCCUCUACGGGGACAGCGAGGACGAGGAGGAGAAGGGGCGGCAGGGGGGCGCCCACCGCGCGCUCCUGGACGGCGGCCCCGAAGACAGCGGGGACGGAGGGGAGGACAGCGACCACGAGGACAGCCGGGAGGACAGUGGGGAGGACAGCGGGCAGGAGGACAGCGACCACGAGGACAGCGGGGAGGACAGCGGGCAGGAGGACAGUGGGGAGGACAGCGACCACGAGGACAGCGGGGAUGGAGGGGAGGACAGUGGGCAGGAGGACAGCGACCCCGAGGACAGCGACCACGAGGACAGCAAGCUGGACACUGGCCCAGGGCCCGGGGCCCAGAGCCAGAAGCUGCAGAAGGAACCCCACGGAAACCCCGGGGAAGCCCCCCGGCCCCGGCCCGCCCGGAGAGUUCGUUUUGCAGACGAAGACCAGGGGAACAGCUUGGAGGACGGGGCCCCCAAAGACCAGACUCUCUCUGGGAAUGACGAAAAGUACGUCCCGCCCGCCGUGAGACGGGCAGCAGAGAGGGCGGAUGCCCAGAAGCAGGAGGAGCUGGACAGGCUGCGGAAGCGGGUCACGGGCCUCGUUAACAGGCUCAGCGAACCCAACGUGGCGUCCAUCAGCGCGCAGCUCGAGGAGCUGUACAUGGCCCACAGCAGGAGGGACGUGAGCGCCACGCUGACCGAGGCCCUGCUGCGCGUGUGCGCCCCCGACACCGCCGCGCCCAGCCGCCUGCUGCUGGAGCACGUCCUCCUGGUCAGCGUCCUCCACUGCACCGUGGGCAUCGAGGUGGGCGCGCACUUCCUGGAGGCCGUGGUGCGGAGGUUCGACGCCGCGUACCGGGCGCGCACGCCGGGCAAGGAGUGCGCCAACCUGCUGAGCCUCGUGGCGCACCUCUACAACUUCCGCGUGGUGCACGCGCGCCUGGUCUUCGACGUGCUGCGCCGGCUCUUGGACGCGUUCUCGGAGCAGGACGUGGAGCUGGUGCUGCUGGUGCUUCGGGCCGCGGGCUUUGCGCUGCGCCGCGACGACGCCCUGGCGCUGAAGGAGCUCAUCGCGGAGGCCCAGCGCAAGGCCGGCGGCGCCGACGCGCGGCUGCAGGAGCAGAGCCGGGUGCGCUUCAUGCUGGAGGCCAUGCUGGCCCUGAAGAACAACGACGUGCGCAAGGUCCCGGGCUACGACCCCGAGCCGGUGGAGCGGCUGCGGAAGCUGCAGAGGACCUUGGUGCGCAGCACCGGCUCGGACACGCAGCUGCGUGUCUCCUGGGACAACAUCCUCCACGCCGAGCAGACCGGGCGCUGGUGGAUUGUGGGGUCUGCGUGGAGCGGGGCCCCCAUGAUCGAGGACAACGCCCGGGAGAGCCCCCAGAAGCCACAGGCAGGAACGGUCAGCGCGGCCAUGCUGGAGCUGGCCCGGAAGCAGAGGAUGAACACGGACGUCCGGAGAAGCAUCUUCUGCACCCUGAUGGCCAGCGAGGACUUCCUGGACGCCUUUGAGAAGCUGCUCAGGCUGGGCCUGAGGGAGCAGCAGCUGCGGGAGGUGGCGCACGUGCUGCUGGACUGCUGCCUGCAGGAGCGCACCUACAACCCCUUCUACGCCCUCCUGGCCGCCAAGCUCUGCGCCCACGAGAGGCGCCUGCAGAUCACUUUCCAGUUCAGCCUCUGGGACAAGUUCCGGGACUUGGAGAAUUUGCCGGCCACCAACGUGUCUAAUUUGGUCCAGCUGGUGGCCCACCUCUUGAAGACCAAGUCGCUCCCGCUCUCCAUCCUGAAGGUGGUCGAGUUCAGCGAGCUGGACAAGCCCAGGGUGCACUUCCUGCGGAAGCUGCUGUCCAUGCUGCUGGUGGACACGGAGCCCGAGGACCUGGCGGCCAUCUUUACCAGGCUGUCGGACAACCCGAAGCUGGGGGUCCUGCGCGAGGGCCUGAAGCUCUUCAUCGGCCACUUCCUGCUGCGGCCCGGGAGGGCGCUGCCGCCCCAGGAGGCCGCGCUGCUGCGGGAGAGAGCCGAGCUCAGCACGCGGGCGCUGCAGGGCCGGGCGGCGCUGAGGAUGUAGCGGGCAGCCCGUGCCCUCUGGUGCCCGGGAGGAGGAUGGGCGCCACGCCCCCAGACGCCGCAUCUGUGGACUGCGAGUGUCGGCCCCAGC